AUGCCUUCUUCCAAACACAACACCAAAUCUUCAAACCCUAAUCGAAGAAGUUCAGAAUCCAGUAAUCACUUGCGAAGAAGCCUCACCGGAAAUCCGUUUUCGAAACCUUCUUCCCUCAUGGCAAACCCUAGAUCCAGUUUCUCUCACACCCCUGCCAAUAGUCCCAUAGAUUUUCCAAGAAAAAGCUUUGAUUAUGAAAAGGAAAAUGUGAAAGAUCAGAUGCUGAAACCUGGAAAGAUUCGAUCGCCAUCACCAGCUGCUACAUCGAAAUCGUCCAAGAAUUUCAUGUCUCCGACGAUAUCUGCUUCGUUCAAGAUCGCGGAGUCUCCUAGAAGGAAGAUCCUCGCUGAGAGGAACGAGACUGGUCUUUCAUCUGAACAUAAAGUUCAUGUUCGUAAGGUAACUUUUGCUGAUCCUUUAGAGCAGAAAAGGCUUGAUGCUUCAAUUGAUGGAAAUGAAAACCGUUUUCCGUGUUUUGAGUGUGAUGAUAAUAUGAGUAGUGACAGUUUGUCGGAUUACGAUGCUGUUUCUUUGAUUUCAAAGGAUGAUUUGUUGUUUGAAAAUAUGCCUAUGCCUAUGAAUAAGCCUUUGAUUCCACAGAAUGAGAUUCACACUGAAUCCUCAUUUAAAAAUGUUUCCAUGGAGCCUGAUUUUGUAAACCUUGAUCCUACUUUUAAGCUUAGCCCGCCUGCCGCCACUCCUCCCGUUUCAUACACACAUACUGUAGUAGAUCCUGUUGAUGCAGAUCCAUCAAUGCCACCUUAUGAUCAUAAAACUAACUACCUAUCCCCUAGGCCACAAUUCCUUCACUACAGACCAAAACCACAAAUGGAAUUAGAGGACAGAUUCAUCAUAUCCACAAGCUUUUCAGACUCUGAAGUUACCGAGGAUACUCAGUCUGAAGAAUCUCUGAAGGAAUCUGAGGAUGUUUCUUCGGAUGAAACAGUGAAGCAAGAAGAGGAACUAAUUUCUGAACCAAGUCCUGUUAGGACUCUGUCGACAGAGGAAACUGUUGAAGCAAAGGACUUGCCGAAGUCGCGUUUCUCCUUGAGAUCCAAGGCUGUUGCUCUAAUUUUGCUGCUGUCAAUUGCUUUUGUAUCAAUCUCAGUCACAAAUUCUCCAGGGGUUGAUCAUGCUGUGCUUGGAGAAUUUUAUGAGGCUUAUAAAUUGUGUGAACUUUCAGAGUUUGCACGGGCUAACUUUGACGAAUUCUCCCAGUUUUCAAAAGCAAAUUAUGACGGUUUAGCUCGAAAUUUGCAUAUUUGGUUUACUAAGUCACUGUCUUCAAUAACCGAGUUGAUUUCAGAUGUUAGAGGAGCACGCAAUUUGGUCCAGUUGCAGUAUUUUAACUUGACUAUGCUUAACGACUAUAGUGUAGUUAAUCAGUAUCCUACCUGUGGAUGCCGCAAAAAUGAAAUAGGUAUCACUCACCCUCAUGGUCAAGAACAACCAGUUGCCUCAGAGAUUGCUGUGGAUGCUAUUUCAGAAAAACAUUAUGAUGUAUAUGAAGAACAACUUCACCAUGGUAUAGAAAUGGCCACUGGAUUUGAAAAUGCUUUGGAUGCUCCUGAAUCUGAGGAAGUUCACAAUGGGCAACCAGCCACUAUUUUUGAAUCAGAAGAGCAGGCCUUGCAACUAUCUGAAAUUGAACAUUUAGAUGCAAAGUUGGCUCAAGAAGUUGAUGUUGAAGAUGUGUCUAAUUCCGAGGAAGCACUUGAGGAAGCAUUCAAGGCCCAAUCUGUCACUUUGGUGGAACCAGAGCAGGCAUUUCAGCUGGUAGAAGCAGCAAAGGAAGAAAACCAAACACCAAGUGAUGCAGAGUUGGCUUAUGUAGUGGAUAUUGAAGAUGCUCCAGAUUCCGAGGAAGCAUUCAAAUCUGUCAUUUUGGAGGAAAAUCAAACACCAAGAGACGUUGAUGGUGAUAGCGAAUAUAAGCCAAAUUCAAAUUCGGAGGCUGCUGAAAUCCAUACUGAAGAUGUGUAUGGAGAAGGCAAUGUAGAAAGCGAUGCUAAACUAAAUGGCGAAGAAAGGGUUGCAGAUCUCAAGCACUCCCCAGUUUCAAAUUCAGAAGCUGCUGAAAUUCAGACGGAUGAUAAAGAAGUGGGAGAAUCAGCAAGCUCGGAUGCUGCAAUUAGUAGAAAUGAAGAGCUAUUAGAAGCUUCUCAGAUUCCUCAAAACACGGUGCUAUACCUACUGCUUUGUGCAGGUACAAUUGUUAUUGCAGGUGCAACUCUUAACUGGUCAAGGAAAGUAAAAAGCAGAAGCAAUGAACCUAAGAUUGAAUCUGAGAACAAUCAGAUUUCCCCGGAUAGAAAACCGUCUCUGAGGAAUGCACCAGUAGAAAUGGACGUUGUUGGAGAAUCAAGCCCUUCAGAAAUGGUUGGAGAAUCAUGCCCUUCAGAAAUGAGCAGCUUUGAGAAGAACUCAUCCUCCAGAGUUAGUCAACUAAAUGAAGCUGCCAGCAUUGAUAAAAAGCGCAGGAAUAAUUACAGGAGAGAGUCUUUGGUUUCUUCAGACUCCAUGGAUUCACCAUCCUAUGGAAGCCUAACAGUGUUUGAGAAAAUUCCAAAGGGACGUGGUGAUGACGAAACAGUUACUCCGGUUAGGCGUUCGAGUAGGAUCAGGAGCCUUGCCACUUCUCCUGUAUAA